AUGGAGGCUCCGGAGGAAGCUGAACUCUGCUUUCCCCACAUCAACACCUCCUGCAGGAAGACGACAGGUCCUUAUGUGGAGACCAUGCUCACUUACACUAUGCUGUCCUGCAUCACGAUACUCACCGUGAUCCUAAACCUGCUGGUCAUCAUCUCUAUCUCACACUUCAAGCAGCUCCACACCACCACCAACCUCCUUCUCCUCUCUCUGGCUGUCACUGACUUCCUUGCGGGUCUCCUGCAGAUGCCACUUCUUCUCAUAAACAACGAAGGCUGCUGGAUCUUGGGCGACGUCAUGUGUGUCGUGCAUUACUUCUUUGCUGGCCUGGUUAUCAGCGUUUCAGUGGGAUGCAUGGUGCUCAUAUCAGUCGACCGCUAUAUAGCAAUUUGUAACCCCAUGUUUUACACCACCAGAGUCACUCUGACCAGAGUUAAACUCUGUGCUCGGGCCAUGCGCUCUCACAUGGCAGUCGUCACAGUGGAGCGUUCCCAGACUGUAAAAGCAAUGAAAUCUGAGAUUAAAGCAGCCAGGACUCUCGGUAUUGUAUUGGUAGUUUUUCUUCUCUGCUCAUGUCCA